AAUCGGGCAGUUCAAGCUGAAGGAGAGAUGAUACGAGGAAGGACGAAACUCAGGCAAGCAGGCAAACAAAUCCGUAGUGUCAUACAGUCAGCAUAUAAGAUAGAAAGGCAAGCUGCAGGCCUGAAAGAUGUUCUUAGGGAGCUUCCCCGAAGAGAAGUUUCACGAUUCCGGUCACAAGUUUCCAACCUUGCUUCAGAGGCAAAAAAGGAAAGGAAUGUUCUCACCAAGGAAGUUACGAAGAUAAGCAAUUAUGGCAUAUCUGUCUGACUGAACUGCACUGUUUUUUUGUAUGAUCCAAUACAUGCCGGACGUGAGGUGCCAGAUACUGUUUCUAUGUUUCUCCCUUCACCUGGUCCCCUUUUCCUUUUCACUUAAGAAAGAGCAUUUUGGGGAGCUCUAAUUCUGGUCGUUUAUAGUUUGGUUAUGUCAACUCUAAACUUUGCUGCAGCCUAGAGGAGAAAUUUGGCGGGGUGGUGGUGGUGUUCAUCGGUCAGUUUGGUACGGUUUUGAAAGAUUUCGGUUUCUGUAUUUUCGUUUUUAAAAAUGUUAUACUAACAUACUGAAAUAAAUUCGGUAUAUGUUUCGGUUUCUCA